UCGAAGUUUAACCGCCGAAGUUCUCGCGACAGGUUCAUCGAGCUGUCCUGUCAGGAUUAGACACGAACCUGAGACGAGCGCGCCUGUCUCUUUCUCACGCGGGGAAUCAUUUAAGAAAAAAAAAGAGGAGAGAACCUAGGAGGAAGAGAGACGGUAACUCGGCGCCGCGCUCGCGUUUUUGCGCAACGUCAUUACGCGUUCUGGAAUCAUUGUUGACGCUCGACGUACGAAGCGUCAUCGAACGAUCGCGAACAAUCGAACUCUCUCGAAGCCGUUCCGUUUAUGUUUCGAAAAGCUCUGGGGACUAUUCGUCCCUUCCUAUCUCUCGACCUCCCCUCCUCUUCUGUUCUGAUUGUCUAAUUUAUCCCUUUCCUUCCCGUUUUUUUCAGUUCUCUGGCUCCGAAAUACGGCGCCCGAGGAGCGUCUCUGACGGAGACUCGAGAAUAUUUAUUCGGGUGUUGUUCGCGGCCAAGGUGACCGGUCUAACCUCUCAGUCGUGUCGCGUCGGCUUCCCCUAGAAUCUUCGCCGUUUCGUCUCCGUCUUCCUGCCUCGCUUUCUCGUCAAUGCGCAACGUGCCACAGGCCGAGAAGGUGUGCGGUGACCCUUUCGCACCCGGGAAUUGUCGAGACACGCGUAACAGACCGGUGUCUGACCCCGUGGCCCCGAAGAUCCCGUUUAACGAUUCUGGCAUCUCCUUGAGUGAAUCUUUUUUUUUAAAGGGUCUACGCGCAUCUACCGUGUGAGCAACAUGUGCCGCUCGCGAGGCUAAUGCCACGUUCGCGCACGCGAGCGCGAGAAAGAAGGAGAUAUAGAUAAAUAUGGCAUGCUCCGCUUCACACGUGGUCCUGCAAUCGUAGAGUUACGACGCUUGGUCGCUCGAUCGAGAGAGAGAGAGAGAGAAAGAGAAAACGCCGCCCGGGCAAGCAGAAAGAGAAAGCUUUCUACGGAUGAAUAUGAUUUAGCAGUGAAACAGUUCAAAUACGGCAGUAUGUUUGGUUGGGGUAGUACUAUUCAUGGUGAGCUGGGUUUGGGUGGUAUUGAGGAAGAGAAUAUCUUCAUACCACGAAAAGUGGAUUUCUCAGAAGCAAAUGAUGUUGAGCAAAUUGCUUGUGGGGAAAAUUAUUCUGUAACUGUGACAAAAAAUGGUCAAGUGUACUCCUGUGGUAAUAACGACUAUGGACAACUUGGCCACGAGAAAGCGAGGAAAAGGUUACAACUAAUACCUGGUCUGGAUGCAUUUGUAUUUAAAAAAGUAGCAUGUGGCAAUUGUCAUACUAUGGCUGUGAAUGAGUGGGGACAACUUUUCAGUUGGGGUUGUAAUAUGAGUGGUCAACUAGGAUUGGAUACAGUCAUGUGUAUGGAGCGUACUCCACGUAUGGUAAAAGUAUUGGGUACAAGUGUGAUAGUACAGAUUGCAUGUGGCGUAGAACAUUCAAUUGCACUGACGAAUGAUGGAGAUCUAUACGCAUGGGGUAGCAAUAGAGAUGGACAACUAGGAUUAGGAUCUGAUGUAGAAGCUGAAAUCAAACCGAAGAGGAUUAUUGCAUUAGAGGCCGUACCAAUUGCAUUUAUCGCAUGUGGCGGUUAUCACACUGUAGUCAUAUCAAAGUCAGGAGCUGUAUUCUCGUGGGGGAGAAACACCUUCGGACAAUUAGGGCUAAAUGAUAGGAAGGUGAGAAAAUUACCAUGCCAGUUACGUACUCUGAGAAAUUCGAAAGUAUGCUAUGCAGCCUGUGGCGAGGAAUUUUCUGUGUUCUUGACGAUGGAUGGUGGAGUAUUUACAUGUGGUGCUGGAAUGUAUGGCCAAUUAGGUCAUGGGAAUAAUACGAAUGAUAUCUUACCGCGACAAGUUAUGGAGCUGAUGGGCAGCACCGUAACACAAAUAUCUUGCGGCAAAAAGCACACGUUGGCUUUGGUGCCGUCUAGAGGAAAAGUUUAUGCAUGGGGUUUGGGAGGUACCGGACAAUUAGGUAAUCGUGCUUCGCAAAGUGCUACAACACCACAAGUCGUUCUAGGGCCAUGGUCUUCGCCGAGUGGAUCGUCAGUGAUGCUCGAUCAGCACUACAGCAAAAUCGACUGUAUUGUUAGGCAUAUUUUCAGUGGAGGCGAUCACUGUUUUGCCACAAUCAGUUUGAAAAAAGAUAAUAUAGAACCAGAUGACUGUAGAAUAUUAGAGCCGGCUUCCCAAAUUCUUACAAUAACGGAGGACAAACUAGGUGACUGUCAGAAGAUCCUACCAGGUUCACCAAUUAAUCACGAUUUAAUGACGUAUCUAGAAACUGUAUUCAAAAGUCAAGCGUGUAUAAACUCGUCCUUUUUGCUCAGUGGUGACGCACAUUAUGGUUGUUCGAGCAAACAUCACGGGGUUAAUUUUGACUAUGCGAUCAAAUUAUUCGGAAUUAUUUCAGAACUGGACAACAACACGAUUCAAGAACUGAUUUUCACAUGCGUAACUGAGAAUUUGAUACCAUCAUUUAGAGAUAAUCCGCCCGAUGUGGAGUCAUUAAGAGUGUACUUAACGCUGCCGCUAUAUCAUCGCUUUGCGAAUCUAUCAAACUACAGUUCUCUGCAAACGCCAUUCUGCAAGGCGCUGUUCAAUCUGAAGCCUGAGGCGUGCAGAGUCAUAGGCCAGUGGUGGAGCGCAGCCCCGUCGUACUACUUUGAGAGACUCGUGAGAAUGUACAAAUCUGUGGUGUUGCAUUUUGUAAAACAGUCAACGCCAGAGAAGCUGGUCACAUGGUCUGAAAGCCUAGAGUAUGCUCUACGACUGUUAACGCUAUUAAAUAAGCUAAAUGUCACAGGUACACGAGGUGUACGAGUACCUUAUGAGACUUUCCAUUUGCCGGAAUUAUCAGAAUAUGUAGAAAUUAGACGCGACUAUUUCAAAUGGCUGACAGAAAGUGAUCAGUCUUAUUAUCGUAAAAUAUACUUUUGUAAUUAUCCUUUCCUAUUUGACGCUGAAGCGAAAACCACGUUGCUCCAAACCGAUCAAUCUAUACAGAUGCAAACUGCGAUGAAUGAGGCGAUGUCCCGAGUUAUAAGAGAUGUGAUGCUUGGUACAGCUUUGGUAGACUGUAACGCUCAGACUUACAGUCAAUUUGUACACUUACAUGUAUCACGGAAUGACAUAGUCAACGACACUUUACGACAGUUGUUUUUGUAUGAUGCUAGAGAGCUAAAGAGACCGCUUAGAGUCAAGUUUCGUGAUGAAGAGGCUGAAGAUGUCGGUGGUGUGAGAAAAGAGUUUUUCAUGCUUCUUUUCACAGAAAUUCUUGAUUUUAAGUAUGGUAUGUUCAAGGAAUAUGAAGAGACGAGAACUAUCUGGUUCAACUCGGACUCGUUGGAAGAAGAAGUCAUGUUUUCGCUGAUUGGCGUUCUCUGCGGUUUGGCCAUAUAUAAUUUUGUAAUUAUUAACUUACCAUUUCCGUUAGUGUUGUACAAGAAACUCUUGGGAGAAUCGGUCGGACUAAAUGAUAUCAAGGCAUUGUCACCGACAAUAGCUAGAAGUUUAGAAAGUAUUCUUGAAUACAAUGAAUCGGACUUUGAGGAAGUAUUUUGCUUGAAUUUUGAAGUAAGCAGGGAAGUGUUUGGCGAGAUGAAAAACUUCGAAUUGAUACCCGGUGGUAAUAAAGUUCCUGUAACAUUAAGAAAUAAGCAACAAUAUGUGGAUCUUUACGUGGACUAUAUGUUAAACAAGUCGGUAGAGAUGCAGUUCAAUGCGUUUCACAAAGGCUUUCAUGAUGUAUGCGGUGGAAGAAUGCUAGAGCUGUUUCACAGUCACGAACUGAUGUCGCUUCUGAUCGGCAAUGAGAAUUAUGAUUGGGAAGAAUUGGAGAAGAAUGCCGAUUACAAGGAGGGCUAUACCAAAAACGAUCCCACUAUUAUACUCUUCUGGCAAGUCUUUCAUGAACUGCCGUUGGAUGAAAAGAAGAAAUUUCUACUUUUCUUAACGGGUAGCGACAGAAUUCCUAUACAGGGCAUGAAAGCUAUAAAAUUAACAAUACAGCCAAUGACUGACGAACGUUAUCUACCCGCCGCACAUACGUGUUUCAACCUGCUUGAUUUGCCGCGUUAUCAAACUCGCGAAAGAUUAAAAUACAAAUUGCUGCAAGCUAUCCAACAAAAUCAAGGAUUCUCGCUUGUGUGAAAUGAUCGCGACGCACCUUUUGUACGACUUGUAAUAUAUGAUAGCUUUAUUUGCAUACGUAUCUGACAUAAAUUUAACAAAGAAUAGCAGUAAUAAUUAAAAGUAACCAGAAAAAAAAACCAGUUUCUCCCAAAGAUGUUAACAUCGCGCACGCUUUAUUUGCGCAUGUAAAUCAUUUCGAUUUUUCUAGUUCAAAAUCAUUGAAAAAAAACAAGAAAUAAAUUCGAGGUGUCAUAUUGUUACCUAAUACAGACGUAUGCCUAAAUAAGCUCAAUGAUUACAUGAUAUAAUGUAUAAAUUAGCAAUGAAUUCAAAGAAAUAAAUGAAAUAUUCUUCUAUUGUGAUCAUAUAA